GACUCGCGCGUGCCGGUGACGAUCCUCACCGGGUUCCUCGGCAGCGGGAAGACGACGCUGCUGAAUCACGUGCUGAAGGCGGAACACGGGAAACGAAUCGUGGUGAUCGAGAAUGAAUUCGGCGAGGUGGACAUCGACGGCGAACUCGUGGCGUUUCGCGAGAGCGGGGACGAGGACAUCAUGCUGCUGAACAACGGAUGCCUGUGCUGCACGGUGAGGAGUGAUUUGGUGGAGAUGCUGAUGAGACUGGUGAAGGAGAAGAAGGGAAUGUUCGAUCACAUUCUCAUCGAGACGACGGGGUUGGCGAACCCGGCGCCGAUUAUUCAGACGUUUUAUUUGGAGCCGGCGCUGUUGGAUUCGUUGAGGUUGGACGGGGUCGUCACGCUCGUCGACGCGAAGCACGCGGAGCUGCAUUUGGAUGAAGUGAAACCGGCGGGGGUGGUGAACGAAUCGCUGGAGCAGGUGGCGUUCGCGGAUCGAAUCGUCUUGAAUAAGACUGAUUUGGUGACGGACGCGCAAGCCAACGCGUUGGAGUAUCGGUUACGGACGAUUAACGACUUGGCGAAGAUCGGUCGAGCGUCGAUGGCUAAGGUAGAUUUGGACUUCGUGCUCGGCGUCGGUGGGUUCGAUUUAGAGCGCGUGCAAGAUCAAGUCUUACCCGACGAACCGAAAAAGACAGAGGCGCAUGAUCACGGCCACUCGCACGCCGCCGGCGAGGAAUCGUGCGAAAAGUGCGAUCACGACGACGGCCACAGCCACUCGCACGGCGAAGAGCAUUCCCACUCACACGCGCACUCUCACGGUGUCGAAGCGGACGCCGAUUGCGAGGUUUGCGGUGAACACGGCCAUUCGCACUCGCACCACGUGCACGACGACGCCGUCGGAAGCGUCUCCCUCUCCCUCGACGGUGACCUCGAUCUCGAUCUCGUCAACGAUUGGCUCGGUUUACUCUUAAACGAGCGUUGGGAAGACUUAUACCGCAUGAAGGGCGUCCUCGCCAUUCAAGGUUGCGACGAGCGUUACGUCUUCCAGGGCGUCCACGCGUUAUUCGAGGGCAUGCCCGACCGCGCGUGGAAAGCCGACGAGACGCGUUCGUCCAAGCUCGUCUUCAUCGGCAAAGAUCUCGACCGCGCCGAGUUACAGCGCGACUUCGAGGCGUGUCUC